AUGCAUGGCGCACCUGUGCUGCGCCAGCGCAGCGCCCCGGCAGCCCGCGCCCCCGCUGGGCUGAUGCGCGUCCAGGCAGCAUAUUCGGGCGCCUCUCCCAGUGACCCCCAGGACUCCUCCACCGAGGCCAAGCCCGCGUCCCUGGCGGACCUCCCCGCCUACCCCUCCGACUUCACCUUCCGCCGCUUCAUCACCUUUGCGGGCAUCGUGCUGGGCUACUCCUGCUUCUACCUCACGCGCAACAGCCUGACCUACACCGCGCCGGCCAUGGUGCAGGACGCCACCCUGGGCAUCGGCAUGAAGGAGGCGAGUGGUAUCGGGACGAUGACCUCCAUCUUCCCCAUCGCCUACGGCACCAGCAAGUUCAUCUCCGGCGUGCUGGGCGCGCGCACCUCCCCCCGCCUCCUCCUGGCCGGCGGCCUGGCGGUGACCGCGCUGCUGAACGUGGCCUUUGGCUUCUCCACCUCCCUGGUCUGGUUCUGCACCUUCUGGGCGGCCAACGGCAUGCUGCAGGGCGUGGGCGCGCCCUGCUGCGCCCGCAUCCUCACCUCCUGGUUCGCGGCCAAGGAGCGCGGCACCUACUGGGGCAUGUGGAACAUCGCGCACAACAUGGGCGGCUUCGCGGCACCAAUCCUGGCCGGCACCGCGGCCAAGAUGUACGGCUGGAAGUGGGGCAUGUUUGCGCCGGGCAUCGUCGGCCUGGCCAUGUCGGUGCUCAUCCUGGCGGGGGUGCGCGACUCGCCCGAGGACGCGGGCUUCCCGCCCGUGGAGCUGAAGAAGGCCGCGCCCGUCGCGGCGGGGGCGACGCCCAAGCCCAAGGAGUCGCUCAUCGCCCUCCUCGUCAACGACUGCCUCAAGAACCCGUACGUGGUGGGCCUGGCGCUGACCUACUUCUUCAUCUACGUCGUGAGGCAGGGCGUGACCUCCUGGUUUGUCUUCUACCUCAUCCAGGUCAAGGGCGUGGCCGACGCGGGCGCCGCCUCCCUCCGCGUCUCCGGCCUGGAGCUGGGCGGCCUGUUCGGCUCCCUCAUCGCCGGCAAGCUGUCCGACAUCCUGGUCAACCGCUCCGGCGGCCGCGGCGGCGCAGUGGGCAAGCGCGUGCAGGUGAUCAUCGCGUACACCAUUGGCAUCGCCGCCAUGCUGGCGGCCUUUGCCGCCACGCCCGCAUCUGCGUCCUGGCUCCAGUGGGCCACCGUCUUCAUGAUCGGCUUCUUCCUGUACGGGCCCCAGAUGAUGAUCGGGCUGUGCGGCGCGGAGCUGGUCCGCCCCGAGUCCGUGGGCGCCAGCCAGGGCUUCCUGGGCUGGGUGGCCUACCUGGGCGCCGCCAACGCCGGCAUCCCCCUGGCCCACAUCGUGAAGGCCUACGGCUGGCCCACCUACUUCUCCACCCUGCUGGCCGCCUGCGGCGUGGCCAUCCUCCUCCUGGCCCCCAUGAUCAACGCCAAGUCCUACAACCAGACCGUGGAGGACGGCGACCUCAAGCAGGCGUGA